AUGACCGUUCACCCCUACCUAGCAUAUUCCCACAGCACCCCCAACAUGGUUUCCGCCGCAACGGCGACGACGACUGUGAAUCUUGAACGGGCCGCCCUGCAUGAAUUUAUCAUGCAACCGGUGUCGAGGGAGAUGGUUGCGCACCUGGCUGAGCAGGCCUCUCAGGUCAUCCGCUGCGAACCGCAUGUGACGGCACAACAUGCCCACGGCCAGCCGACACCACCCAGCACACCUCCCAUGGAUGCGACGCUACCACCGCUCCCCUCGGUUGAAACGUUCAUCGCUUCCCUAGUCGCUCGAUCACAGGUUCAGGUGCCCACGUUGAUGACCUCGCUAGUGUAUCUGGCUCGACUGCGCUCCCGUCUUCCUCCGGUGGCCAAGGGCAUGCGCUGCACCGUCCACCGCAUCUUCCUCGCCUCGCUCAUCCUUGCGGCCAAGAACUUGAACGACUCGAGCCCGAAGAACAAGCACUGGGCCCGGUAUACGGCCGUCAAGGGCUACGAUGGAUUCGCCUUUCCCCUGCCCGAGGUUAACCUCAUGGAGCGCCAGCUGCUAUUCCUGCUCGACUGGGACACGCGCGUCACUGAAGCGGACCUGCUGCAGCACCUGGAGCCCUUUCUGGCCCCGAUCCGCCAGCGGUACCAGCAACAGCAGCUUCAACAGCGUGAAGUUGAGCGUCGCCAAUCUAGAGACUGGCGUCGCUUCCACUCCUCCACGGAUUUGUUGACCUCGCGUCUCCGCCGUCAGAAACUGGAUGCUCGCCGACAAGUGGUGGAUGCAGCUUAUCAGCCCGCCGACCGCCGAAUGAUACCUGCCAGCCCUGCCUCAUCUGUCUCCCUGUCAUCCCUUUCUUCUGUCUCGUCCGUGUCGAGCUCACAGAGUGCCUCUCCAGCCCCCUCCCUUCCGGAGGCUGGGGCCGACCGUUAUCACCCAUACCCGACUGGCCGCCGGCGCCCUACCUCUCGCGGCCGGAUGUCAGGCUCUCCCCCGGGCAUGCAGGAAGUGCCCGGGCUAACCCGUGCUGACACUGCUGCUUCGUUGAGCUCGCGGGCCUCCAGCCUGGCGCCCAGUUCGCGGGCAGCGACUCCGGCUAGCCUCCGAACCUCCAGCUCCAUCAACAGCUUCGAGGAAUCUAUGUCCGUGCAGGUGAUGGAUGUCGGUCGCAGUCCCUCCUCAUCGUUCCUUGGCGAUAGAUUACCACUGGAGGAGUGCCUGGGGGCGACGCAGCCCAGCAAGAAGAUGCGUGUCGGGUAUUCUGGACACACAGCCCAUCCCCACGGCCCCGCCCACCCGGUCACGGUCGGUGGUCACGGGUUCGUGGCGCGCUUUCUCGCCACGGCGGCGGGGUCGUACAUGGGCAGUCGUCGACACUAA